CUCUGCAUAAAAAGCAACUGAAAAACGCCCGAAGACAUUUCAUUUGUGGACGAUGGACUCACAGGGAGCACCGCGAAUCAAACCGCAAAGGGUUUUAUUUGAAACCCACCACCGAACCCGAGCUUUAAAAGAAACUGCAGCAUGGAAGAGUCCAAAGAUCCACCGGGACGGCGGCUCGUGCCCAUGGCCGCCGCUCAGCCUGCGCGCGCACACUCACCUGAUGACCCCCUGCUACGAGGGUAGCUGAAGUCGUCUUGGAGGAAAACGGAGACAAUCACAGUGAGGAGACUUUGGCUUCAACCCUCCUCUUCCUCCUCGUCCUCCUCCUCCCUUCCUCUCCCCUCCACCUGGCACAGAGAAGAGUGUGAGAGACGGAGCGAGGGAACGUGGGAAAGAGGAAGACAAUGUACCAAACGCUGCUUCUAUCCUCCUCCCUCUUCAUCCUCCAUGUGAUGGGCUCUCCACAGUACAACGCUCACCAUGGGAGGAGGGCGUGUGGGCGAGACCUCCGCCACAGCGCUGCCAUGACAACAGAGACGUACAUCCAGGCGGUGCACAAGCCCUACAUCACCCUGUGUCAGGGGCAUCGCCUCUGCAGCACGUACAAGACUGUGUACUCGGUGGCGUACCGACAGGUGAGCCGAGCAGCGCCUUCCUCAGGUUUUUACUCAGAGUGCUGCCCGGGGUGGAGGAGGUUUCACUCUCAGAACUGCAACCAAGCUGUGUGUGGACAAGCCUGUAUGAAUGGAGGUACCUGCUUAAGACCCAACCAGUGUGGCUGUCCGCUCGGCUGGACGGGACACCAAUGCCAAACAGAUGUGGACGAGUGUAGCGAGCAGCAUCCAUGCGCUCAGGAGUGUGUGAACACAGCUGGCAGCUAUCGGUGUGCGUGCAGAGACGGCUUCAGGCUUACAGGAGAUGGCCAUUCCUGUCAAAGCCUACUCCCCCCUCCCCCUCCACCUCCUCCUACCACCCAGGCAACAGCGGGUGGUCACACCGAUGCGGGUGGAGGGUUCAGCCACAUGGAGAAUGUGACGGAGGAGGUACAGAGCCUGAGGAACAGAGUAGAGCUUCUCGAAAAGAAGCUGCAGAUGGUGUUGGCCCCGUUCAGCAGCUUCUUCCCGCCGUCGCUGGACGACGGCUGGUCCGAGAAAACGACAUUACUGUCCCACUCCUUCCAGCAGCUCGACCGCAUCGACUCCCUCAGCGAGCAGAUUGGCUUCCUGGAGGAACGCAUUGGCACAUGUUCUUGCCAGGAGAAUUAGCAUCUCCAACAAAGUUAAUAGCGACACAAAUUCUCUGCCAGAGAAUGUACAAACAAAGAUGGCCGCUGUUUGCAAGAAAGGUGACGGCAUGAAGCAGAAACGCACAACAAUCAUCCUCUGUGAUUUUCACUAUUCCCAACAGCUUCAUUUACUUUUCUUGUGGAAUCUCGAUCAAAUAUCUUGGUUUUGUAACAGUUCCUGCAGCAGGGUCAGCAUUACGUCAUCGAUGUAACAUCUGAAUGAAACCCAAUGAGGGUCAAAGGUCAAAUGUCCCACUUUGUUUCUGUUUGUUUUGCCUUAGUGCAGCUGUGUCCUCCGUCAGUGGACAUCUGUAUUUAUCUAUUUAAAUUAUGAUUACGUCUAGUUAUUUCUCAGUGCUCCAAUAGACAUUUCUACCUAGUUUUGUAACAUUUUGUAAUAAAAAGUCUUAAUCAAAAACGGU